CUCGGGUACCUAACUUGUCUCCCUUGAACUAAAUGUCAGCUGUCAAUAUGUUUGAGAGAAACAACUCACAAUGCGUUUAAUGCAUUCAGUUGUCCUUUCAAAAUACAGAUAAAAACGCGAAAUGACAAUGAUCAAAGUUUGGUGGCGUGAGCAUUUGUAAAUCAGCAAUGGCACUUGACAGCUUUCACAGUCUUGUUCAUCUAGACUUGAAAGGAGCACCACCAAAGUUGGAGUAUUUAGAAAAGGUUUUUCCUCUACUGACAAAAUGGGGAGCCACUGGCUUGCUGGUUGAAUAUGAAGACAUGUUCCCAUACCACAGCGAGCUCAGCAGCUUGAGGUCCCAGUCUGCAUACAGCUCAAAUGAGAUUAAUACAUUAGUGAGAUUGGCAUCCCAAAAUGGAUUGAUUGUCAUACCUCUUGUGCAGUCAUUUGGCCAUUUGGAGUUUGUGUUGAAGCACACAGAAUACAAAACUUUGAGAGAAAUGGCAGACUCCCCAAUGGCAUUGUGUCCCUCAAAGCCAGGUGAAGACAAGUUUUUGACAGAUAGUUUGAGAAAUACAGAAGGACAAUCAAAUCUGUUCCAUGAAAAGUCCUUGAAGAUUGUAUGUAGCAUGAUAGACCAAGUGAUUGCUGCUCAUCCAGGAAUUCAGUGGUUCCAUAUAGGCUGUGAUGAGGUGUAUCACCUGGGAAUCUGUGAGCAGUGCAGGAAACGAAUGACAGAAGAAAGUCUGACACCCCAUGAGUUAUUCUUUCAACAUGUAAAGAAUGUAGCUUUUCAUGUCAGAAACCACCAUCAAGGUGUCAUACCAAUCAUUUGGGAUGACAUGUUCAGGUUUGCUGAAGUCUCCAUUCUUGCAGUAAGUGGCCUAGGUGAGCUGGUGGUGCCCAUGGUAUGGCACUACCUGGCUAGUUUCAAUUUGCCUCCAGACUUGUGGCAGAAACUUUCCAGCAUAUUUUCCAGUGUAUGGGUGGCAAGUGCCUUUAAAGGUGCUACAGGACCUCGAGCAUGUGCAACCAAUAUAAAUUAUCACCUUGAAAAUCACCUUAACUGGAUUGCUGCGCUGAAUGAAAUGAAGUGUCUCUUUAAGAACAUUCAUGGCAUUGCUAUCACAGGGUGGCAGAGGUAUGACCACUAUGCUGUACUUUGUGAACUUUUGCCACAUGGUCUUCCAAGUUUGGCAAUGUGCCUGCAGACCAUUCGUAAAGGAUUGACAUCAGAGGUCCAUGAGACUGUAACUGCUGACCUAGGAUUUACUUCUUUGUUGCCUCUUAAUCCAUUUGGGUGUGGAGAAAUUCCAACCUGCAGUUUUCCUGGGUCAUCUGUUUAUCAACUGAUGAUUGAAUUUGUCUACUUGGAAGCAGAGUGUCGAAAGUUCAUAUGCAAUGAUGGGUGUCUGACAUGGAUGAAUGAUUACAAUGUGAGGAGGAAUUUCACAAACCCAGUGCAUAUCAAACCUAUACUUUCUACUGCUGGCGUAAUGCUAGCACAACUAGAAGAGUUCCAAAAGAAGCUCAGUACAGCCCUUCAAGACAUUUUCUACCCAAACACAGUAGAAGAAUGGCAAGGAACAUAUUUAGCACCUCUGAUGGCAGAUGUUCAAAAGCUAGUAGAUGCAGGCAGGCAACAGUUGUCUCUCUUUCAAGGUGGUGCUGUUUUACCCUAGAACGUUGUAAUCACAUGUGAUUUAAAAUACCUUGUGGAAUGCUGAUUUUCUUUGUGUCAUCUAUGACGAUCUUACUUAUGGAUUACAUACUCCUGCCUGUUUUUAGACAAAUGCGGCUCUCUUAAAAUUCUUGUUAGCAUCUUUUCCCUCAAUUAAAUCUGAUCAUAAUAACCAUGGUCACAGAUUUUCCUUUACUGUAUCUCAAUAGCUCAAUAUUUGGUCAGUAUGGUCAAUAUCUUGGACACGUGUGACAAUGUUCAACAUUUUCUUUCAAUGCAUUGUCGUGGGAGUGUAACAGAAUCAUCUGAUCAUCAGCCAUUUAAAAACCGAUAAACAGGCCGAGAUUUUGCAUUUGGGAAGUGAGUUUUGUUCACAACAAAGCAGAGUAUGUUAAAUAUUGGUUUAUGAUUUUUAUUACAAAGUGUGAUCACCUAAUGUACAGUUGUAACAUUCUUAGGAUGAGUUUGUGAUAAGAUAGAUUUAUAUAUGAUCAACCACAACACGUAAGUGCACUUACCGGAAGCUGGAACAUACCAGAACGAAAUGUCCCAGAAAAAGGUAGGGAUGUGGUUCUGGAAAAACCUGGAGAGUCACAUGAACAAUGUAAUAUCAGCUAAGCAGUGUACUAGUGGCUGUAUAUACCCUUCUCUAAAUUGUAAUUAACAUGAAUUUGUGACUGUGCAUCCGGUAUGCUGGUUAUAAAUCAAAUCUUAAUAUGUAUUACCAUUCAGAGCAUGUACUAGCAUCUUAUGUGCAUGUAAAACUUUUUAAUAUCUACAGUAAGCAGCUGUAUGUGCUAUGUGUCUCAUUUAAAGGACGAAUUUGCUAGCAGUAGGUACACUAUCCAUUUUCCAAAAAUGCAAGUGUGGUUUCACUUGUAAGGAGACAUUGGCUACAAACAGCUAGAAAUGGCUAUCGUUUUAAACUGGGUUUCCCUUUUACACAAUUUAAUAAAAAAUAAUAAUAUUUGUAA